AUGGAUGUGAAAAAUUUUAUUGAUUCAGCGCUUCAUAGACUACCACAACCAGAAUCUCAUGAAAAAAAAAAAUAUUAUAAAAUUGGAAAAACAUUAGGUUCAGGAGCUUAUGCGUCAGUAAAAGAAGCAGUAAAAACAACUACAGGCCAUAGAGUUGCGAUAAAAGUUAUUCAAAAACGUAAAGUAAGGAAUCAAGAAGCCAUGGUUUACAAAGAAAUGGAAAUAUUAUCCAAACUAGACCAUCCUAAUAUUGUGAAAUUUUAUGAUUGGUUCGAAUCAAGAGAUAAAUACUAUCUGGUAUUUGAACUUGCGACAGGUGGAGAAUUAUUUGAAAGAUUGAUUGAUGUUGGCAAAUUUACAGAAUCUGAUGCUAUAGAAAUUCUCAAGACUAUACUUGGAGCUGUCAAAUAUCUUCAUGAACAUAAUAUUGUACAUCGAGCACCAGAAAUUCAUAAAAGAAUGACAUAUUCAAAAUCAGUAGAUAUUUGGAGUAUUGGGUAUGCAUUUCUUAUUGGAAUUUGGUUUUUGAAAUUCUUAAAUGAAUGUUGUUUAAUUGACAGAUUAUGUGGUUAUCCACCAUUUCGUUCAGAGGAUCAUGCAACACUUUUUCAAGAAGUGACAACAGCACGCAUAAAAUUUGAACCACGUCAUUGGAAACAUGUUUCAGAGGAUGCCCAAGAUUUCAUUCUUGAUUUGUUAAGAUUGAAUCCAAACAAACGACCUACAGCAGAAGAAGCAUUGCAUCAUAAAUGGUUGACGGGUAAAAGUACAUCAGAUAUAGAUUUGUUUGGAGAUAUUAUGGAGAAUUUCAAUGCUCGUAAAACAUUUCGUAAAGCAGUCGGGGCAGUACAAGCAGUCAAUAGACUUGAGAAGAAUAAGAAGAACAAUUCAGCUGACAACGAUACAAAAAGAUUUAGUAGUGAUUUUGAGAAAGAUGACGGAUAUUACGAUGAUAGUGAUGCUAAUGUUGAUGAUGUUGAUAAUUUAAUAAUAGAAGAAACAUAUGAAGACAAUCAAAAAAUUGCAAUUGUAUAA